AUGGAGAAAUCAAACCGAGAAUUGCAAAAAAUCGCUUAUGUCGCAAUCGAGAAAAGGCGUAGAAAAGGGAUUAACAAUGGAUUUCAAUCUCUUAAAGAAAUUGCCGGUUUAUGUAUUGGUAGUAAAAUUUCUAAGGAGAAAAUUUUACAAGAAGCAUGUCAAUAUAUCCAUAUGCUAAAAACCCAACACAAUGAUUCUUUAAUCGAGAUCAACAAAAGUAAAGCAAUUAAUGAAGAAUUGAAGUGCCAGGUCUAUUACUUGGAAAAAUCAUUGAGCGGUGAAUUGGGAGAACAAGAAUCCUACAAUUACUUCAUUGAGAAUAUUCUUCAAAAAUUUGUCACGACAAACGAAGAAUUAAACGAUCAAUUGAAAGCAAGUUUUUAA